AUGUCUCAUCCCUGUCCCAUCCCCGUCCCAUCCCCGUCCCAGCCCCGUCCUGUCUCAUCCCCGUCCCAUCCCCGUCCCAGCCCCGUCCUGUCUCAUCCCCAUCCCAUCCCGGUCCCAGCCCCGUCCUGUCUCAUCCCUGUCCCAUCCCCGUCCCAGCCCCGUCCUGUCUCAUCCCUGUCCCAGCCCCGUCCCAUCCCCGUCCCAGCCCCGUCCUGUCUCAUCCCUGUCCCAUCCCCGUCCCAUCCCCGUCUCAUCCCUGUCCCAUCCCCGUCCCAUCCCCGUCCCAGCCCCAUCAUGUCUCAUCCCUGUCCCAUCCCCGUCCCAUCCCCGUCCCAGCCCCGUCCCGUCCCAUCCCCGUCCCAGCCCCGUCCUGUCUCAUCCCCGUCCCAUCCCGGUCCCAGCCCCGUCCUGUCUCAACCCUUGUCCCAUCCCCGUCCCAGCCCCGUCCUGUCUCAUCCCUGUCCCAGCCCCGUCCCAUCCCCGUCCCAGCCCCGUCCUGUCUCAUCCCUGUCCCAUCCCCGUCCCGUCUCAUCCCUGUCCGAUCCCCGUCCCAUCCCCGUCCCAGUCCCGUCCUGUCUCAUCCCUGUCCCAGCCCCGUCCUGUUCCAUCCCCGUCCCAGUCCCGUCCUGUCUCAUCCCUGUCCCAGCCCCGUCCUGUCCCAUCCCCGCCCCAGCCCUGUCCUGUCUCAUCCCUGUUCCAGCCCUGUCCCAGCCCCUGCCCUGUCCCUCCCUGUCCCAUCCCGCCACACGUCGGUUUAGAGCCACUCGGAGGCGGCUGGCGUGA